AUGUCAACACCGGCAUCAACGUCCUCCUCUCCAACACCUCCGUUCUCCCACAUGUUUCACAUUGCAAAGGACAUAUAUUCCAACAUUAAGAAAAAAGAGGAAUACUCGGUGUUGGUAUUGGGCAUCGAUGAUGCAGGAAAAACCACAUUCAUAGAGAAGCUCAAGGAGCUAUACUUGCUCGGAGCCGACGGUAAGCCGUUGGUGAAAGGUGCAAAGGUGCGAAUCACGCCCCCCGAGCGAAUCAUGCCCACUGUGGGGCAGAACGUCACCACUAUCAAAAUCAACAAGGUCUUGCUCAAGUUCUGGGAUUUGGGCGGCCAGCAGGCAUUGCGGCCGAUGUGGGCAAACUACUACGACCAGUGCCACUGCAUCGUGUUUGUCGUAGAUAGCAGGCUAGGCCACGACGAGGACAAACGUGCACACCUCACGCGAGCCAGACAGGUGUUGAUGGAUAUCACGAAGGACGAAGUGAACCGGGCCAUCUUUGACAGAAUAAACAUUCCGAUUCUCAUGCUUGCGAAUAAACAGGACCACUUGAGAGAACCAAGUGCCACAGGAACAACCAACCUAGAGCUCCCGGAAGAGAUGCCGUACGACGAUAGUGAUUGCAUUGAGCUCUUUGAGCUAAAGGAAACUUUUAACGAUGUGUUUGAGAAUUUGAACGCGAUUGACUCGAAAAUCUUGCCCAUUAGUGCCACUUCGGGGUACGGGAUCAAACAGGCCAUGGACUGGUUGACCGUACGGUUGACCCGGAACAAGCAGAACGUGCCCCCGAACUAUAAAUACUACCAGCCGCCAAAGAGCUAUCACCAGUUGAAGACACUUCCAAGAUUCGACCGUGAAGCUUUGACCCUGAAUAAGGAAAUCUGGUUGAUAAAGACACCGAAAGACUUUAACUUUUCAAAGUUGGAAAAGUUGCCUGUUUCCUUCGAGUUGAACCAGUCUGCCGAAUUCGAGGCCGACAACAAGACCUUCCAGGUGUGCGAAGAAAUGCAUCAGGAGGAUUUGACCUCCACUAAGGCCGGCUCCAAGUCCAACAAAUAUAGCUUAUUAUUGGCAUCCAAGGAUAAGAAAACGUUGAAACCCUCCGGCUCCAACACAACCAUUCUGAGAUUCUACAGCAUCAGCGAGAAGAUUGAGAUCCCGGAGAUUAACAUAUCCCAGGUUGUUAAGCCAAGAAAGGACGUGCCAAAGGUUUAUGAGUUGAGAAUGAGACACUUCCCUACCGGGUAUGGUGCCAAGGACUACAAGGAAGCUCAGCCAGGCAACGACAAGGCUCCAGAGGGGGCUAGAUCCGACGAAGAGGAUCAGCCACAGAAGAAGAAGGCCAAGACCGACGAAAAGAAGGAGAAGAAGAAGAAGGAAAAGAAGGAAAAAAAGGAAAAAAAGGAAAAGAAAUAG